AUGUGCAGAUACACUGGGCAGGAAUCUCUGGCGGGGUUCCUAGCGAUUCGUAAUCUCUCGUUUGGAUUAUAUAUCCUUUCGCUUCACCCUGUGAUUGGGAACUUCCGACGUUCUUGGCUCUAUGGGAGACUAGAGUCGCCUGUGCUGCUUCAGGAAGCUUUAGUAUUCGGCGCCGAGAGAGCGCCAAGAAUGCUAAAGCGUCUGCUGAUCGAAGCUUCUGAAACAAGGCUACAGGAAUUCCUUGCAGGAGAACCCGAUGAGAUCCUAGCUCAAGAUCGGAACGAGUGGCUGAAAAACCUUGAAGACUCCCAGAAGAUUGAAGAAUUCAGACAUUCCCUUCUUAAUGGCUAUUUGGACAGGGGCCUCCCUUGCAAAGUAUUGUAUAACUCAGGACAUAUGAUAGGCAAGUGCCAACUUGCUGGUUUCACUGCCGCUCAAUGCAAAGAGAUUGGUGGCUUCACUGCGAAGCAGUGCAAGGAUGCCGGCUUCUCUGCUCAACAGUGCAAGGAUGCUGGUUUUUCCGCCGAGGAGUGCAAAGAUGCAGGAUUCUCCUGCGGUGAUUGCUACGCGGCAAGAUUUUCAGCCAAGCAGUGUAAGGACGCAGCCUUCACGGCCGAAGAGUGCAGGACUGUUGGGUUUUCGGCGAGGGAUUGCUACGAUGCAGGCUUCCCUCUUGCAGAGGCCGGCUUCAGUGCAAAAACAUGCAAGGAAGCUGGCUGGACUGCUAACCUGUGUAAGGACCUUGCCUUUUCUGCCAAAGAGUGCAAGGAUGCUGGCUUUUCUGUCCAGCAAUGUAAGGAGGCAGGUUUCAUGACAAGGGCAUUGAAAGAAGCUGGAUUCAAUGCACGAGAAUUGAAGGAUGCAGGCUACACAGUGCAACAACUUCUGGAGGCCGGCUUUGAUAGGAAGGAGUUUGAGGCCACGCGUUUCACCUGA